AUAAUGUAACUACUUAAAGUAAUACUAGCGGAGUAGCCCAGCAUUCUGCAACCUUUUCGAGUAGUAGAAGCAGCCAUUGAAGAAGAAGAAGCUAUUUCAAUGGAGGAAAAACCCAAACUACUCCUUCUCUACGCUUCUCAGACCGGUAAUGCCAUGGACGCUGCUGAGCGCAUCGCCCGUGAAGCUGAGCGCAGAAGCUGCCCUGUCUCUCUCUACUCCAUCGACCAAUUUGAUCCCAGUUUGCUGCCCAGUCAAAGAGCUGUAAUUUUUGUUGUCUCUACCACAGGACAGGGUGACACUCCUGAUUCAAUGAAGGUGUUUUGGAGGUUUCUAUUGCAAAGGCACCUUACUCAAGAUUGGCUGGAAGGAGUACACCAUGCGGUUUUUGGAUUGGGAGACUCAGGAUAUCAGAAAUACAAUUUUGUUGCAAAGAAGCUGGACAAAAGGCUUUCAGGUCUUGGUGGAACACCUAUUAUUGAAAGAGGUCUUGGAGACGAUCAGCAUCCUUCAGGGUAUGAGGGAUCUUUAGAUCCUUGGAUGUCUUCAUUAUGGAGUUCAUUGAAUCAUAUAUAUCCAAGCCUCUUUCCAAAUGGAGUAGAUGUAGUUCCAGAUAUGAAACUUAUGAAUCAAUCUAAAGUUUCUGUAACAUAUCAUGUCAACGAUGUGGCGAGUUUACUAUACUCAACUUCUUCAGAGGGAGUACACUAUAUUUUGUCCGUCCAUGGGAAAAUCUACUGCUCUCCUGAGUCCUGUCUCACUCAGAUCAAUAGUUUUGAGUCCAGGGCAUUGCUAAUUGAAAGCGCUCGCUUGAUCUCUCCUGCAAGAUUUCCUGCAGAUAAGAGUAGGCCUCAGUGCUGGUUAAAAAUGACAAGAAAUUGUUCACUAACACAAGCAAGCUGUGGGAGGGAUGUUCGCCAUCUUGAAUUUCAAUUUCAUUCAAAUGCAGUUGGAUAUGAAGUUGGCGAUGUGCUUGAGAUAAUUCCAUCUCAAAAUCCUGAUGCUGUAGAUGCAUUCAUACGUCGUUGUAACUUGGACCCUGAAGCAUUCAUCACAGUUCAGUUGAGAGAUUCAAGCAAUGCUGCUGCUGCAGCAUCUAGAGUGCCCAUCAGACUAAGAACAUUUGUGGAGUCAACCAUGGAUGUUGACUCAGCUUCCCCCAGACGUUAUUUCUUUGAGGUGAUGAGUUACUUUGCCACUGCUGAGCAUGAAAAGGAAAGACUGGAAUAUUUUGCAUCAGCAGAGGGCCGAGAUGAUUUAUAUCAGUAUAACCAAAAGGAAAGAAGAUCUGUCCUUGAGGUUCUGGAGGAUUUCCCAUCUGUCCAAAUGCCAUUUGAAUGGUUGGUCCAGCUAACGCCCCCUCUGAAAAGCAGAGCCUUUUCCAUUUCUUCCUCUCCUGUCGCUCAUCCUAAUGAAGUGCACUUGACUGUGAGUGUGGUGACAUGGACGACACCAUAUAAGAGGAAGAGGUCUGGUCUCUGCUCAAAGUGGCUUGCUGCACUUGAUCCUCAACAAGGGGUUUUUGUUCCAGUAUGGUUCCAGAAAGGGCUUCUUCCUGUCCCAUCUCCAUCAUUACCACUUAUUCUCAUAGGACCAGGCACAGGUUGUGCUCCUUUUAGAGGGUUUGUGGCAGAAAGAGCUGUACAGAGUCAACAUGGUCCAACUGCUCCCAUUCUCUUCUUUUUUGGUUGCCGGAAUAAAGAAGAUGAUUUCUUAUAUAGUGAUUUUUGGUUGCUCCAUUCACGCGAUGGAGGGGUUCUUUCAGAAGAAAAAGGUGGGGGCUUUUAUGUUGCAUUCUCGAGAGACCAGCCACAGAAAGUUUAUGUACAACAUAAGAUGCAGGAGCACGGGCAGAAAAUCUGGGAUUUACUCAGUAAAGGAGCUUCUGUGUACGUUGCUGGUUCCUCAACCAAAAUGCCUUCUGAUGUUAUGUCAACUUUCGAAGAGAUCAUUAGCAAACAAAGUGGGGUUCCAAAGGAAGCUGCUGUGAGAUGGCUCAGGGCAUUGGAGAAGGCUGGUAGAUACCAUGUUGAAGCAUGGUCCUGAGACAUCAUUACUUCUUUUUUUUUU